GCCGUGUGGUUGCGUGUCAUCGGAAUUGACGCAGUGCUUCCGCUGCUCGUGUAGUCCCAGAGUCCAGACAGAAGUAGUUGACAUUUGAAGCAGGCGAAUGAAUGGACUAUUCCGAGUUCAUCAUUUGACAGAAGUAGUCUCUUUCUGGCGUCACUUACACGCUCAGACUACUUUUUAACGGUUAGUUACAGGCUUACAGCUCUCGAGUCAUUGUUUUCAAUCUAUGGCGAUAACAAGGUUUCACGCAAUGCUAUGGUGGAGAAAGUGGGCCAAGAGGGACUGGGCAAUCGCGGCAGUCGGGUUCACCACCAUCGUCUUCGUUCUCUCUUUCUUCUUUGAUGUUCAGGACACUAACAAAAAGAAUAACACCAUCGUCCCAGAUCUCAGCCCCAACGACGAUCUCGUUGACUUGACCUUGUUGCAUAGCGCCAAAGAUAGAGGCGCCUUUUGUUUGGAUGGGAGUUUGCCUGGCUACCAUUUUCAAAGGGGGUUUGGAUCUGGCUCUAGAAAUUGGGUCCUUCACAUCGAGGGUGGAGGGUGGUGCAAUACAAUAGAAUCAUGUUCGUUGCGUACAAGGACUGCAUUGGGUUCUUCAAAGUAUAUGGAUCGUCAAGUUCGAUUCACUGGGAUUUUGAGCCAUGAAGCUUCUCAGAAUCCUGAUUUUUAUAACUGGAACAAAGUCAAGAUACGCUAUUGUGAUGGUGCAUCACUUGCGGGGCAUCCAGAAAGCGAGUUCAAGAAUGGAACAAAACUUUUCUUCAGAGGCCAACUAAUCUGGGAAGCGCUCAUGGAUGAGCUCUUAUCACUAGGCUUGUCAAAUGCAGAACAGGCUCUUCUUUCAGGAUGCUCAGCUGGAGGAUUGGCAUCUCUUAUACAUUGUGAUGACUUUCGAGAAAUUAUGCCGAAGAACGCAGCUGUCAAGUGUCUAGCUGAUGCAGGUUUUUUCCUUGAUGAGAAAGAUGUCCUGGGAAAUCGCACUAUGAGGUCUUUCUUUCAGGAUGUUGUACAGCUUCAGGGUGUGGAAAAAAGUUUGGACAAGAACUUUGUUGCUGGAAUGGAAUCAUCCAAGUGUCUUUUUCCUCGAGAAAUUUUUAAAAGCAUGAAAACCCCUGUUUUCAUUGUCAAUCCAGCUUAUGAUUUUUGGCAGAUUCAACAUAUUUUAGUACCUGACGAAUCAGAUCCUAGUGGGUCAUGGAGGCAAUGCAGACUAAACAUCAACAGUUGUAGUCCUAGCCAGAUUAAUAUACUUCAAGGUUACCGUGACUCGCUGUUAAAGGGUCUGACUGAUUUCCAGCAAAACAAGGAUGGGGGGAUGUUCAUAGAUUCUUGUUUUAGUCAUUGUCAAACGUGGAUGACUGAGACGUGGCAUUCACCAAAUUCUCCGAGAAUCAACAAAAAGACCAUUGCAGAGUCGGUCGGUGAUUGGUACUUCAACAAAAGAGAUGUGAAGCUAAUUGAUUGCUCUUUUCCGUGCAAUCCUACCUGCCAUAACAUGGAUUUUUCUUGAGGUUGAAGGCCUCAUGGCCGCCUACACUUCUCUUGUGGGAUAUCAUUUACAUCAAGGUGUCUAAUAUAUGGCAUGUAACGUGGUGAACAUAUCCUUUUGUCUUUAUUUGACCCCAAGAAUGAAUUAGAUUGAAAGGAUUUUCCUGUUGAAUCUCUUUGUAUCUGGACAA